AAAAUAAAAACUAACUCAUUCUAAAAAUAUCGCCGAUAUUUCGGAAAUUACCACCCAUACAUUUCGGCUCUUCAAUUACGCGCCUUCUCUCUUUAUAUACAAGUUCUCUCUAACAUCCAACAGACAUUCACGGCGAAAAAGAAAAAGGAGAAAAGAAAAAAUUGAAAACGCAAAGCUCCAAAAAUAACCGCGUCUCAGAAAAACUUUCUACUUCUCAAUCUCUCACUUCAUUGAAACCACCGUCACCACCGCAUCGCCGCCGUCGUCGUAAUCGCCGCAACUUAAAAAAGAAAAAGAAAAAGAAAAGAAGAACCUGAAGUAAAGAGCAUGCAGGUCAGUUCCGUUGUUCCCGUACAUCAGACUUUGAAUUAUUGCUCCCGCAGUGAGUUCACAGAACCGGACGCUAAACUUGAAGAGGAUUUUAGCUUUAAAUUGAGAUUAAAUGAAGAUGAAUUAGAAAGCUACAAGAACAAAACGCCACCUCCACAAGAACAAGAACAAGAAGAGGGAAACGAAGAAGAAGAAGAAGAAGAAGAAGAAGAAGAAGAAUUUAGUUUUGCUUGUACGAAUCCAGAUGGAUCACCGAUAUCAGCGGACGAUAUAUUUCAAAACGGCCAGCUACGGCCGGUUUUCCCGUUGUUUAACAGAGAUCUUCUCUUCGCCGGCCAAGAAUCUAAAAGUUCGUCGUCCGCCCGGUCACCGUUGAAGAAAUUAUUCGUUGAAGCGGAAGAACCAGAAGGACCGUACUGUGAAUGGGCAGGAAAAGCGGUGGAGGCAUCACCGGAGGUAUGCAAGAAAAGUAACUCUACCGGGUUUUCAAAGCUUAGGAGGUUUAGAGAAUUAGUCCUUCGAAGCAAUAGCGAUGGCAAGGAUGCUUUCGUCUUCUUACAUCAUCAUCAUCAACAUAAUCCUAACAGCAACAAGACAGAGAAAAACCAAGAAGAGAAGAAAGUGAAAGUGGCGGUUAAGAAAGGAGAGAAGAGAACUGAAACGGCGUCGUCUUCCUCUUCGUCGGCGCAUGAGAGGUUGUACGUAAGGAAUAGAGCCGUUAACGAGGAGUGUAAACGGAAAUCGUAUUUACCGUAUCGGGUCGGGUUUUUCACUAAUGCGAGCGGGCUGAGUAGGAACGUUCAUCCUUAUUAAAUUUUUUUAAAAAGAGUAUAUAGACUCAUGUUAAUAUUUAUUUUUUUCGAAGAGUUAAUUUAUUUGUUAAUUGUUCUUAUGUAAAUUGGGGUUAGAUUUGGUAGUAAUCCAUAACCCUUUUUGUUAUUUCACCAACUGUAUUUAAAUUAAUUUUUAAUUGUUGUUUUUCGAAA